AUGGAUAGCAAAGUUCGACAGCGUACAAGACCAGUGUUAGCUCCCGAAAUAGAAUCUCAAAAUUCUGUCUUUCAUGAUGAAGAAAUUGGAAGAAGGAGGUCGCCGGCUCUUAUCACUGCGAAAGGAUGGAUUCUUGUCUCUUUAGUUUAUUUUUCAAUAUUUUUACUUGUAAUUUAUUGUGAUGUAGUUAGAUUCCCGCCCCCGUUGUCUUUAGAAUCAGUAAAAAAAGUAGACGACCGUAGCCGUCAUUUCAGUGAAGAAAUAGCUAGGAAUUUUGUCGUAGAACUAAGUAGCAUCGGACCAAAGCCAACUGGAAGCUACGAAAAUGAAAUAUUAGCUGUGGACUACAUUUCGAGACAGCUGAAUUACAUUAAAAGUCAUGCGAAACCGCACAACAAAAUAGAUAUAGAUUUACAGCUAACUAGUGGCUGUUUUCCUUUGACUUUUAGAGAUGGCAUGACAUCUUGCUACGAAAAUGUGAAAAAUAUUGUAGCGAAAAUUGGACCUUUGAAAUCUACUAAUAAAAGUCUACUUUUGAACUGCCAUUUCGAUUCUGUGCCUACUAGUCCUGGAGCAAGUGAUGACAUCGUUAAUUGCGCAAUCAUGCUUGAAAUUCUCAUCUCCCUUUCUCAAAGUAAUGAAGCACUGCAGCAUGAAGUAAUAUUUCUCUUCAAUGGAGCUGAAGAAAAUAUUCUUCAGGCGGCACAUGGCUUCAUCACGCAACACCCUUGGGCCAAAUCUGUAGUUGGAUUUGUAAAUUUAGAAGCCUGCGGUGCAGGUGGUAAACAAAUGCUCUUCCAAGCAAAUAGAUUAAGAACCUGGCUGUUACAAGCUUAUUCAAGUGAAUCACCUUUUCCUCAAGGUUCUGUCGUUGCUCAAGACAUUUUCCAAAGUGGUCUAAUUCCUUCCGAUACAGAUUACAGAAUAUUUGAUUACUUUGGAAAUUUAUCUGGUCUAGAUUUUGCUUAUGUAAAGAACGGUUAUGUGUAUCACACGAAGUAUGAUGUUCCUGAAGCCAUUACAGAAGGAGCAAUACAGCAAGCUGGCAUGAAUCUCCUGAAUCUAAUACAUAAUGCUCUAAAGUCACCCGAUAUGAAUGUUGCCAAGAAAGAAGACCAGACGGUACAGCCACUUGUAUUCUUUGAUUUUAUGGGAAUCUACAUGGUAGUGUACAGGAUAAAAGUCGCUUCGGUUGUAAACAUUUUUGCUGUAUUGCUUUGCUGCUUUGAUAUUGCUAUAAGGGCAAAACUUUCAGGCUCCUAUGUUGCUCGACUAAGUUCAACUGCAAAAGCCAUUUUCGUAAUGCUUGGUAGUCUCCUUACAGCCUGUUUGUCAUGCGUUGUUAUUGCCUUUGUACUGGAUCUCUUUGGAGCCACCAUGUCGUGGUACCAGUCUCCUUAUUUAAUAUUCGGUCUUUAUGCGGCUUCCUCUUCUGCUGUAAUUUUGUCUAUUCUGGGACUGUUUGUAAAUAAAAAAGUGAGCCACAGAGUUAAAUGGUUUCAAGAAGAUGUUUAUUUUGAUGCUGCUCGAAUAAUUUGGGUUUUCAUCUUGCUCUUGUUAGAGUGGCAAGAAAUAAACUCCUCCUUCAUAUGCUGCACUUGGGUUUUGUUUCCUACCAUAAUACGAGGGAUCAUUGGUAAUGUCUUCAGUUUAACCAGUUCAAGAGGAAGUCAGAAGUCGCAUCUUUGUAUUCAUGUUUUAAUGCAACUCAUGCCGUUGUCCUUCUUAUUAUACUGUGCUUGGUCUGUGUACAGUGUCUUUGUUCCUAUUAUGGGCCGCAUUGGUGCGACGGUGAAUCCCGAUUUACUAAUAGGGUUGUUUACCACUAUUUUAGUGUUCUUGUCCACAUCUUACAUGUUCUCUAUAGUACAAGUCAUGACCACUGCCCGUCACAUGAUUUCAAUUCUCUUGUCCGUUUUUGGUGUUACUUUUCUUCUUGUAUGUCUGACACCUUUUGGAUUUCCAUAUUCGGGAGAUCCCGAGUCUCCAGCUCCAAUGAGAUGUUAUAUUUUGCACACUGAACGCACAUUUUACAACCAAACUGGAGCUGCUUUCAAGCGAGAUUCUGGUUACUGGAUUGUGCCCCUCGAUUACAAUGGCCCUAAAAUGCUGGGGCAAUUUAUCGAGGAGUUGAAAGGAAGAGAGCCCAUUGACUGUGAUGCUGAACUGGGCUGUGGAAUGCCUUUUUACAUGCCUGUGAUUUCUCUGCUCAGGAAAAGUUAUUACAUACCUGCAUCAAAGCCACAAAUUCAUGCACACCAUAAAUUUGAAAUGAUUGAGAAAUUAGUAGUAGGAACACAUACUUACAGAAUGAAGUUUCGUGCUUAUGGUCCAGACCACAUGACAAUGAUCCUUUCUCCACGUCCUGGGGUUGAAUUCUCCAACUGGACACUUGCUGAUGGCCCACCACUGGAAAAUUUAGAUUGGAUGGGUCGUCCUACUUAUUUUAUUUAUUAUUCCUAUGCUGAAUUCAAGGAACCAUGGACAUAUUCCAUUGAUCUCUCCCAUGCCAUCAGCAACCAGAAGAAAGAUUCCGUAAUGGAUGUCAGCUUCAUCACUCAUUACCUCCAUGGCCAUGAUUCCAUCACCGGUGAUUUUCCCAAUAUUUUGAAGCAAAUUCCUCCUUGGAUACAUGCGACACCAUGGACUUGCACUUUAGAUAUGUUUGUUUUUUAA